AUGAGGACGGUUGUGCAUGUCUCAAUCAUGCUCCUCCUUAUAACUUUUUCUGACUGUGCCGUGAUUACGGGGGCCUGUGAGCGGGAUGUCCAAUGCGGGGCAGGGACCUGCUGUGCCAUUAGCCUGUGGCUUCGUGGGCUGCGAAUGUGCACCCCGCUGGGACGGGAAGGAGAGCAGUGCCACCCCGGCAGCCACAAGAUCCCUUUCUUCCGUAAACGCCAGUACCACACCUGUCCCUGCUUGCCUAACCUGCUCUGCUCCAGGUUCCUGGACGGCAGGUACCGCUGCUCCAUGGACUUGAAGAGCAUCAACUUUUAG